CCAGACGCAACAUCGUCGAAUCCACUGCAAGUUGGCGUGUGCUGAGGCCGCUAUCGCAUCACUCGUUAUCCGCUGUCCUUCCUUUACAUCUGCCUCUAUCACUGCCUCUGCAUCAGUCGCAAUCGAUCUGCGACUCUGAUCACGGCCUCGCCUGUGAUGGUUUUGUGGCUGUGAAGUUUCAUCAUGGCGCAACCGUCAACCCCCGGCCCAGCAUCCUCUUCUGUUAGCAUCUUUGGCCAAACCCUGGCACCCCAUGCUGGUGGGACGCAGCAAUCCGGUAUUGUCAGCCAAACCUCAUCAGACGCCAUGAGUGCCAUUGAGACGCCAGCUUCGGCUUCUUCCUCCAACAAUACCUACAUCAUGCCAAACUCUCCUAUCAAGGCUCGCCCCGUGGCCGAUGGUUAUCGCCCCAAAGUUACACGCACCCUAGGACAGAGGCCCGCGUGCCUCGUCAAUGCGUCCGUGACCUAUUGCGGGAACAACCAAAUCUAUGCUUUCGGUGGCUUUGACCAGUACACUGACGAAGUAUACAAUCAUGUCUUGCGAUUGGAUUUGGCAAGCCAUCAAUGGAGUUUGGUGGACAACUACGGGGAUAUUCCCGGAGUGCGCAUGGGCCACACGGCGACUCUAUACAAAGGCGACAAACUACUCGUAUUCGGUGGUGAGAACGAACAUCGAACCUACCUAUCCGAUCUCAUUAUAUUCGACUUGAAAACAGCACAUUGGACGCAGCCUAUGGUAUCCGGCCCGAUACCCAAAGGCAGGGCAAGACACGCUGCAGUGCUGCACGAAGAUAAAUUGUUCAUUAUUGGUGGCAUCACUGGUCAGAACAACUAUGUGUUGGACGACAUCUGCUAUCUCGACCUCAAGACGUUUACAUGGUCCAAAGCAUGGCGCUUUGUCGGCCGUUUUGAUCACUCUGCUUAUAUCUGGGGCGAUCGCGUCUGGGUCUUUGGUGGCCUCAGUGAAGAUAUGGACAAGAUCAGUGACUUAUGGUGGCUUGACCUCAAGGGAAGCCCAGAAUUCGAUUCCCGACCCCAUUUCGGCGUCUUGGAUCGCCAUUCUGCCGCUCACAGAACUAGCAGUUCGCCAAGGCCGCCUUAUACCAUGGCGUCUAAUCCGGUUGUUGGCGCCUCGGGUUAUGCUGCGAAUUCUCGGACGGCCCAAGUAAACCCUCCAUCAUUUCAAGUAAAGUCCUAUGCGCCAAUGGCACCCGGAACUAUAUCUGCCCUCAAGUUCGUUUCUGGUCCGACUGUACCAUCCCAAGGCUCCGGCAUCCAUUUCCACACCUACUCCUCCGGGACGUUGCUCGAUUUUGUAACCCCCGCGGCGACCAUUACUCAUAGAGAAUGCUCUUUGUCCGCCCUGGAUCUUAGUACCCUGAGGUGGCAGAAACUCGCUGACGGCCGCGAAAUCUUCAAAACGGGAUAUAGAUGGCACUACUGUACUAUGAACGAAGAUGGAACCAAGGCGUGGCUCCUGGGCUGUCCGGUUGAUCCUGCGGCCACUGAUCUAGGGCCAAAUGGCUAUGAAGAGUAUCUCAGCGACAUCAUGGAGGUCGAUCUUCGGCGAUAUGGCUUCCUUGGGAACAACCUCGCACCCGAAAGCUUGGCCCAGUCCAGGCCGUCCUUUACCACCAGGUUAUCCGACCAACCUUCCAAGGGCCUCGGCGCGGAUCUUGCCAAACUAUUUAAUCAACCUCCCGAGUCUGGAAGUGGCACCGACUUUAUCAUCACAGCUCUUGCCGAUGACGCUGACAGCGAUGAAACGCUCAGCUCUGGGCUGAUUCGAGCCGAUGAUGCGAACAGAGAUCAGGGCUGGCUCUCUGCCGACGUGCCGACGUCUAUGCCGAUUCAUGUCCACAAGCUUAUUCUGCAAGCGCGCUGGCCGCACUUUGCGCGCUUGUACAACGCUCAAAUGGCAGAGUUUCACACCAAGAAGAUGCACAUCCCUGAGCCAUACUCGGUUGUCAAGGCGUUCCUCUUGUACCUCUACACCGACAACAUCCACGGCACGACAGAGACGGACAGUGACGCCACUACGGACCUCUCCGACGUGGCCGGCCUCUUGGUCAUGUCCAACAUCUACAACAUCCCGCACCUUCGCCUACUGUGCGUAAAUCGCCUGGCCAAGGAGCUCGAUGUCGAGCACGCCUGCGUCAUCUGGUACUGCUCGGGACUAGCGAGCGAGGAAUGGCUUCGCAAAAGAGCGGCAACGUUCUGCAUGACGCAUUGGGGUCGUAUUGUCCGCACACAGGGCUUCCUCCGCCUCCCCCGCAACGCUCUGGUCGAGCUGUCACAGGAGAUCGACAUGGAGGGCCGAGUGGUCGCGGGCGACGACCUUGAGUGGGGGAGCGUAUCGGGCCGGUAUAGCGACGGCACUGGUCAUGGCACCCGCAAGGAGAGCAUCAGCAGCAGUAGCCAGAUGCAGAUCGUCGAAUCCGAGGUCGAUGACGAUGACGAAGACGUGGAGAUAUCGUAAACAUGAAUGGUGCAUACAGUAAUCUAGACGGCAUCUGUCGCGCAGCGCGCGUAUGUCGGUUUGGGUUACCUUGUUUCCAGGCCAUGAUCACCAUGAGCCUCUGAGACGAAGGCUGAAGCGUAUUCAGUGAGACCAUAUGAGCUUUGCUUGGUUGCUCAUUAGGCAUUACGCAUGAGGAUAUGAGUGUUUUAUUUUCUCUCCUGUUUUAUGUACAUGCGGGUUUUCUUUUUCCCUUUUCCUUUUCCUUUCCUUUUCCUUUCCUUUCCUUGUUCGAGCAUUUCAGGGAGUUGGUUGCUUCACUUGUCUUGACGGUAUGCUUGUGAUGAAGUCAUGAAGCGUACUAGGUAGCCAGCUAUUCGAUCGAUAUCUAUAGACCAUGAUAUACUCUUGCUUCCCCCCCCCCCCCCCCCCCCUUGUCGUGCUUCCGCCUUCCUCUAAUUAUCCGUGACACACCGGAGGAUUACAAGCGCCAUCCCACGCGGCUCACCCAAGCAGCCAGCCUCACUUGCAUGGAAGCGAAGUCGCACGUAUAUGAAACAACCUUGACAGGAACCUUUGCCCAUCUGCCUCAAUACGGAAAGGAUGUGCCCUCGUUCCGACAGGGACAGCAGCCAACCUUAUCUCAAACACAAUGCGUGGCACACAAGGAUAUACCCGGACAGGCACGAGACAGCACAAGCAUGGCAGACAAAAAAAGCUGAACAUUAAUCUAUGUAACAGACCUUUUUCCUCUCACACUUUGAAAAAUAAAAGCAAAAGAGCAAAAGAUUAGCUCCCCCUUUUCCCUUAGAUUCUCUCUAUGACCGUCCCUGUUUAAGAAAGCAAAAAGAAAUAGAAAACGAGUAAAUGAUCAAGUAACAAAACGCAACUUUUUAUGUAUCUCCCAUUUCCCUUUUUUGUUUUGUUCCACCACCCAAGAAUUUUCUCCAAAGCCCUUCCCAAGAAAACCCACAACAGAUUGCCAUUCCCACUUAUCCAUGGCAGGGUAAUGAGUGAGGAGAGCAGUGUGUAAAAAAGCAAAGCAAUCCAGCCGUGUAAAACAUAAGAGGGUAGUAAUGGGAAAAGAAACCGAAAAUCAACAACCAUCAAAUAACCAUACCGAGUAAAAGCAGUAAGAAAAAAAAACACCCAAUUUUGCGUCCAAUGCAUUACCGAUUCUCCAAGAAACACAGCAUAAAGGACAAGAAACCCCCAAUCAUACAAAUUCAUAAAAGCAUUCUUCCAAUUUUUUUUCUUCUUUUUCUUCUUCCCUUUUUCCCUUUGCCAUUUUAGGCCAUAGCAUCUUUCCCCAUGCAUCCUCUUUUUGAACGAGCUUUUUUUUCCUUUUGUUUGUAGGGAGCAGAAGGUUUUGUUCGCUGUGCCAAUCGGCUGUCUAUAGAAAGCGUACUGCAAUAGAAACAACGCCAUGAAUAAUUGAGUCGAAAAAAGGAGCCUCAGUACUAUUCGAUGAUCAUGAUAAGGUCCUUCCAGUUCUGGAUGUAUGGCCCGAGGAAAACGUGCACCAUCACCGAUAGUAUUUCGCAACCGUCCGAUGAUAGGCAAGAUCUGCUCGGUGAUGCGCGUAAGGUGAGGGGUUGGUGAGCGCGCCAUCCAUGUGGGAACCUCAAUUAGGAGGAGAGGCGAUCAUCUAUGAAACUGCCAGCCUUGAACCCAUGCUUCUCAGGGAACCAGCCCGGGGAAAAACGCCGUCGCCAUAUGCCAUAAAAAUGUCAAGGCAGAAGAGGAGUGCAUAUACAUGUGGCUGAGCGCAGAGCACAAGCGGACAGCACAAGGCAUGGAGAGCGCGAUGAUCAUAGCCAGGGGGAGGGCACCCCCACAAGGAUCAACACGACGCCGGAAUCGAGCUAUAACUGGUGAGUUCGUAACGUCUCUCGUGACUCCAACAGAU